AUGUCCAUUGAUUUUCCCCGUGAGGAGGAGGCCAUCCUCAGCAGGUGGAGGGAGAUCAACGCCUUCCGGAGACAGGUUGAGCUGUCCGAAGGCCGCAAGCCCUACACGUUUUACGAUGGCCCUCCGUUCGCAACUGGCCUGCCUCACUAUGGUCACCUGUUGGCGUCAACUAUCAAGGAUAUUAUCCCCCGGUAUUGGUCGAUGAAGGGCCACUAUGUUGAGCGUCGGUUUGGUUGGGAUACGCACGGUGUGCCCAUUGAGUAUGAGAUUGAUAAGAAGUUGGGCAUGUCGGGCUUGGAGGCCGUUGAGAAGCUUGGAAUUGAGAAGUAUAACGAGGAGUGUCGCGCGAUUGUGAUGAGAUUCGCGACUGAGUGGCGUCAGACGGUCGAGAGACUUGGUCGGUGGAUUGAUUUUGACAAUGAUUACAAG